CUCAACGGAAGCUUCCUCUCCAAAACACCAUCCAUGCAAACGUAUGCGCAAGCUUUAGCAUUCGGUCCCCGCGAUCGAGACUACACCAAUUGCUUCUUGCUUUGAUCUUGUUUUUGCACCGACUGGCUGUUCUUUUGCUUACCCUGCUUCGGCAAUCUCGCUUCUGCUUUAUCCGCGCUGAGGAAGGAGCUUCCGACGCGUGGAAAGCAACGCGCCACGACUUGUCAUUCAACGCCCCAAUUGAACCUCACCAUGUCGCCAACACCUGCGGAAAGAGGUGCCCGCUACGCCCCGAUGGGCAGGAGGACAUCGACGAGAUUGGCCCAACGCAGCCAGCCUUCGCAAUACCGAAAUCUGCAUGACAGCUCUGACGAUGAAGUCCUCAGUCCUAUGAAGCUGAGCGCCAUCACCAAAGCAUUACUCGGCGGCAGCAACGCUUCCGAUGGGUCAUCUACCAAUGCCCCCGCACCUACCGCGCGCCGUUCGUCAAUCCCAACUCCGGCCCGGGCAAGCACGGUGGGCCAGGGGUCCUCGUGGAAGCGGUCUCAAGAGACCGACAAUGCACCUCCCUCAAGGCCUCCAACACCGCCCAGCCGACCCCAGUCACGGAAUGCUUUGAGAAGGAGCUCUAUCCCCGCGCUUUCUCAGGUCGCAUCUAGGGACCAGGGGUCUCCAGUGCAAGGCACCCGUGUGACUCGCCAGUCACGAAGGGAAAGCAACCUUUCUCCCAAACAGCCAUCUCCGGUCGGCAGCCGGGAUAACAGCCCCGCCCCGAGGAAACGCGUUGUCCGCCUCAACGCUCCGAGUUCGGCCAACGGAGCAAAUGGAAGUCGCCGGAAUAGUCUCCGGAAUUCAUUCUCGUCGUCCACCCGAGGGAAACGGCCGGAUAGCGCCGAGGGCCACAGAGGAAAGACCGCUUCUUCGCCUCUUGGACCCCAAGAGAGGUCCGCCAAGACCCCAGUCCUGCCGGUGAGGACGGUCAGGAUAGCCGUUGGGUCCUCGGGUCAGAAACCAGCAUCCGGGGGAUCGUCUGAUACACAUCCCAAGUACUCCGCGCGAUCUGCUGAGGGCGAGGGCCGAAAUGCUUCCGGGGCCCCUUCUGCACCCUCCGCUGUGGCUCCCCAGGCUUCGUUGAGAGUGAAAAGAGUCGGAAAAACCCCAGGGAGCUUCCUCUCUGGCCCUGCCCGCCGUGGCCGCCGAAGGCAGAGCGAGGAAGAUGGCGAGGACCAGUUCGAGCCGGAUGCGUUUGGCUCUGGCCAGGAACCCGGGAGUCAGCAGGUUGGAUCAAGGCAGCGAGAAGAUGCUCCAGUCCCCGCCUCUGACUAUGCUGAUUUUGCCGCCUCUGGUAGCCCUGUCAGCGCCAGAGACUCCGCGCGAGACUCUGCUCGGGCCGCGCUUCGCAGGCAUAAAUCCACCUUCAUUACGCCCGUCAGUCAGAGAAAAUCGGAACAUCAUCACAUGCCGCUCGCCUACCGAAUUCCAACAUCACCAGCUCACGAACCUAUCAAUCAUGACAAGGAGAACGAACCUCCGGCUGAAAUAGUACCUGCGGUCCCCAGCUCUCUUCGGGCACCCAAUCCUCCUCCCUCGGCCUCGAGCGAGAGAGCUUCGCGCGCAAUGGCGCCCAUCAACCCAGCGGCUGUCGAAUCCCAUCAAAAAGCUUUUGUCGCGCCAAACGACCACAUCCUCGCCGCACGGUCACAUAACGUCGCGCAGAGACCCGCACCGCCUCCGCCGCCAAAGAUGUCAGUCGUCGAGACAGCCACUGCUGCAGCUGGCGCCUCCACAGCUGUGCAGUCGAACAAGAAACGGCAGUUCUUGCUUCGUGUCAACGGAAAGACUUACACGAGAAUCGACUCCCUUGGUCGGGGCGGGUCCGGUAAGGUCUACCGCGUCUCGGCCGAAAACGGGAAGCUUCUUGCACUGAAGCGCGUGUCGCUCGAGAACCUGGACGACAGAACCAUCAAGGGGUACCACGGCGAGAUCGACCUGUUGCAACGGUUAACUGGAGUCAACCGCGUUGCCCAGCUCAUUGACCAUGAAUUUAAUGCCGAAAAGAAAAUGCUUAGUCUGGUCUUGGAAGCUGGUGAGCUCGACUUCAACACAUUUCUUCGGAGCCGCCUGUCGGAGGACUGUCGAUUCGACCCCGUUUUUGUACGAUACUGGUGGAAGGAGAUGGUCGAGUGCGUGCAGGCCGUGCACGAGAAGGACAUCAUCCACACCGAUUUGAAACCCGCCAACUUCGUCCUCGCCCAAGGCCGAUUAAAGGUCAUCGACUUUGGCAUCGCUAACGCCAUCCAAACUGACAUGACGGUCAACGUGCACCGCGACGCACAGAUCGGCACGCCAAACUACAUGUCCCCCGAGUCACUGAUGGAUUCCAAGGAGUAUGCCCUCACCUCAGCCUACAAGGGCCAAUUCAACGCCCCAUCAUCGCACCGGCCGAAACACUUCAAGCUCGGCAAAGCCAGCGAUGUCUGGAGUUUGGGCUGCAUCCUCUACCAGAUGGUCUACGGGCAGUGCCCGUUUGCCAAAAUUGUCAACAUGAUGGCUCGAGUGAACGCGAUCAAGGAUUGGGCUCAUCCGAUCGAGUUCCCCGAACACACGGAACACGGUGUGCGCGUGCCGCCGAGUCUCGUCCGCACCCUGAAACGGUGUCUGAACCGCGACCAGACACAGCGGCCGUCGUGUGAAGAACUGCUUUCCCCGACGGAUCCGUUCCUCUAUCCGAUGGAGCUAUCGAACGAUAUCUUUACCGCCGCCGACCACGGCAAGGUCAUCCCCAUCACGCCCGAGCUGCUGCGGGACGUGGUCUGGGAUGUUGCGCAGCGUGUCCGCCGCGGCGAUGCGGUCAACAAUGAAGUCUUGCAGCUGUGGCCAACGGCGUAUUGGGCUAGUUGCAAAAAGUCGUUGGCUAUGCGCAAUGGGUUGAGCGGAUCUCCGGCUGCUACUGGAGACCAGCCAUGACAACUGAAGAAACACAAACACAUGUGUGUAUAGCUGUUGGAAGAUCGGAGUUGUUGGUUUCUGUAUCAAAGAGAAGGCGAGACGGAAGAUGUCAUGAUUUGAAGACCCCACAUUGUCGCAUUCCUAUACCCGGGGCUGGAAAGGGACCUUGUUUUUUUGUUGUCUUCUAGAGAUUUGGGGGCCUGUAAGCUUGGAGUUUUGGCGAGUUUGGUUUGCGAAACUGAGGUUCUGUUUUGGACACUGGAGGGGCUUUCGUGGUGACGGGGCUGCCGCCGCAAGGCAUAGUUAUUGUUUAAUGACCCGGAGCUUGCGAAGUUAGAGUUUGUUUCUUUCUCAGGAAAAGAGGAUCUUAAUUUCCACCACUGUCAUCACUUCUAAGCUUGUUGAUAAUGUUGGAUCUCCGUGCUGUGGCGUCUUAUUCUUUAACCCGGG